UCGGCUCUACGUCUCGCACGGAACGCGAGGCGGGGCGCGCCUGCGUCCCGAAGAAUCGUUUCCGGGGCGCGGGGUGGUACUUCCGGCAUCCCGGGGUCGCCCGCUGCCGCCUCUCCGGGCGGGGGUCUGCAGCCGGAGCAUGCUUCUGCGAACUGCCUGGAGGCGGGCGGCCGCCGCCGUGCCCGCCGCUCCCGGGCCGAGGCCCACGGCGCCGACUCGCGGGCUGCGCCUGCGUGUUGUGGACCAUGCUUCCCAGUCUGCUGGCCCCUCAGGUCCGGCCACUGCUCCGGAGGAGUCAGUGCUGCGACCUCUGUAUUUGGAUGUACAAGCUACUACACCUCUGGAUCCUCGUGUUCUUGAUGCCAUGCUUCCUUACCUAGUCAACUUCUAUGGGAACCCGCACUCCCGGACACAUGCUUAUGGCUGGGAGAGUGAGGCAGCCAUGGAACACGCUCGACAGCAAGUAGCUUCUCUGAUUGGGGCUGAUCCACGUGAGAUCAUUUUCACUAGCGGCGCUACCGAAUCCAACAACAUAGCAAUUAAGGGGGUGGCCAGGUUUUAUAGGUCACGAAAAAAGCACUUGAUCACCACCCAGACUGAACACAAGUGUGUCUUGGACUCCUGCCGUUCGCUGGAAGCAGAGGGCUUUCAGGUUACCUACCUGCCAGUGAAGAAGAGUGGAAUCAUCGAUCUGGAGGAACUGGAGGCUGCUAUUAAGCCAGACACUGUCCUGGUCUCAGUCAUGGCCGUGAACAAUGAAAUUGGAGUGAAGCAGCCCAUUGCGGAAAUAGGGCGGAUUUGUAAUUCCAGAAAGGUGUAUUUCCAUACUGAUGCUGCCCAAGCUGUUGGAAAAAUCCCGCUUGAUGUUAAUAACAUGAAAAUUGAUCUCAUGAGUAUCAGUGGCCACAAGCUCUAUGGUCCAAAAGGGGUUGGUGCCAUCUACAUCCGCCGCCGACCCCGUGUCCGUGUGGAGGCCCUGCAGAGUGGCGGGGGACAGGAGCGCGGAAUUCGCUCUGGAACAGUGCCCACCCCCUUGGUGGUAGGGCUGGGGGCUGCGUGUGAGGUGGCACAGCAAGAGAUGGAGUACGACCACAAGUGGAUCUCCAAGCUAGCUAAUCGGCUUACGCAGAAAAUAAUGAAGAACCUUCCCGAUGUGGUGAUGAAUGGGGACCCUGAGUACCAUUACCCAGGCUGCAUCAACCUGUCCUUUGCAUACGUGGAAGGAGAGAGUCUGCUAAUGGCCCUUAAGGAUGUCGCCCUCUCUUCGGGAAGUGCCUGCACCUCUGCUUCUCUGGAGCCGUCAUACGUCCUUCGAGCAAUUGGCACCGAUGAGGAUCUGGCUCACUCUUCAAUCAGGUUUGGCAUUGGCCGUUUCACUACAGAGGAAGAGGUGGACUACACAGCAGAGAAGUGCAUUCAGCACGUGAAACGUCUCCGUGAAAUGAGCCCUCUCUGGGAGAUGGUGCAAGACGGCAUCGACCUCAAGAGCAUCAAGUGGACCCAACACUAGAAGAGACUUCUGACUUUGCGCUGGCCUGGUCCCUCCUCACUGGCCCCCACAUACCAUGCACUUCUCUAUAUCCAGGGGUGCAUGCUAUUCAAACCAGAAUUGCUGUGCCCUGUUAACUUCAGCACCAGCCCACCCCUAGACCAGGAACCCAGGCUCGGCUUUUCUGACUGGGAACACUCCCCGAUUCUCAGCUGUCCUUGUCUGGCCUUGAAGUGGGUGAUUUGAAAAAGGAGAGACAUUUGUGAUGAUAUUUCUUGCUGGACGUGCGUCUCUUUAUUGAGGAGAACCAGAGGAACCCCUGUACUCUUUGUUCGUGGACAUUUGAGUUUGUUAUUUAUGCUGCUCUCUGAUAUUGGCUUCUUCAGGAACAAGUGUCAUCAAUAAUUUAAUGUUUUUUGUGGUUCCAAAGUCCACCUCAUUCUAUUGACUGUAGACCAAACUGCAGGUUUUAUAGAAACCUUUUCUCCUUUCUGUUCUUGUUCUUCCUCCUUCCUCUAAUGGAAAUAGAAUUAUCUGUGUGACUUUAUGUGUCAUUCUAGUAAUUUAUGUUUCUUUUUAAAAAGAAAAUUGUUCAUAUGCUAAUUAGAGGAAUAAAAUCACUGUUCUCUA